AUGUCCUCCUCGUGCGAAGCUUUACUCGACGCUCUCAAACAAUGCCUUCUCGAGUCCGACUGCGUUAGAAAGGAUGGCCACCUCCCGUCCGAAUGUCUGAGGCAGCACAGAGAUUCGCUCCCAGAAAAAUGCCUCAAUCUGCGCAAGGCCACUUAUGACUGCAAGCGCAACAUGCUGGACAUGACGAAGCGUUUUAGAGGAAACACUGUUGGGCUGAAUGCCACCAAGAUUCGGGAUCAGCAAUCAACGGUUUAG